UAUAUUUAAGUCUCUAUUUCAUUUCUCCCAUCACUUUUCCUUAUGUUUUUGCAUCCCUGUUUGUUGUAAAUUUGAAGAUCCAGCGACCUGCUUCUACAGUUUCCAAAAAUAAUGGCCGAUCUGGAUGAAAUUCGUAGAGUUUAUGAGAUGUUGGAUGAAAAUGCUGACGGAGUGGUGAACGUGGGUGAACUGUGUGGCUUCAUCAACAAGCUUGGAAUAUCAAUGUCGGAAGAUGAUGUGAGGUCUAUACUGAGAAAACCUCUCCAAUCUGAGGAUUGUUGCAGUCUUCGAUUUGAAGAUUUUGUUGAGUUUCAUCAAUACAUUUUCUACUCUCAAGAUAAUGAAGAAAAUGACGAGUCCAAAGAUUUGAUGGAGGCAUUCAGGGUUUUUGAUCAGAACAAAGAUGGCUAUAUUUCUUCUAAUGAACUUCAGCACGUCCUGUCCACAAUGGGAUUGAUUCCAGGGGGACAAGAUCCGCAAAAAUGCGAGAAAAUGAUUUGCAGAUUUGAUACGGAUUGUAAUGGAGUCUUGGAUUUUUCUGAAUUCAAAAGUAUGAUGUCCUCUAAGAUUUUACCGUAAGGAACAGUUAUUCCUUCUUGUCA